AUGGCCACUGGUAGGGGCAUGUCGACUGAGACGAAGGAGACUGAGACUUGGGGAGACGACAUCAUAUAUUCAGAAUCGAUUUGCCAACCGGAGGAUGUGUUUUACGAGGGAUCGGAAAACGACGAUUACGACAAUGAGGCCACGAGACGACGUCGGUACGAAGAGGCUGGACAGCGCUUUCUGGAUGGGACUAUUCCUGUGCUGGUCUCCGCCUCAUUAAGAGGGCCAUUCGAUAGCCGUUCAGGCUUUGCCAAUCCGUGGGCUUCCAAUCGCCGCAAGACAACAUCUCGGCUGAGUACAGAGCCGGCCAAGGCCAUCAAACGGAAUGUCCAACGAGAGAGCAGGACAUCAUCUCAUUCCAAGGUUGCUCAAAAGCCGACUCUACACGCCCGUACUACCGACUGCCAUCUACCGAGUCCUGAGAGCCUUAAGCAGGCCCCAUAUACUCAACAGCAUCCGUACCUGGAAGCAGAUGAGCUCGACAAAGUCAAUAAGUGGAGGGAGAAGGUCGAUCCUCUGUCAAACAAAGGCGACUUUUGGGGCUCUGACAGAACGGACAAUGCCACAUCCCUCAAGCGGCGACGUGCAGCUGGAUCCGAAUGGCUGAAGAAGGUAUCUGCAAAGAGACAGCGCUCUUCCAUCACACAACAGCCCUCUCUCUACCAUGGGUCGGUCGAUAUCGACGUCGACGAACUAAUGGCAGACACGCCAUCAUCCAGCCUUGAGAAAGCUGCACCCGUCAACUCACCGUCUAACCGACGGUCUCCAAGAAACACAUUACGAAAGGCUACCAGGGCCAAUCAGGCGGAGUCCGACGAUGAGCUAAGUCCUAACAAGGCUGCGGCUGCUGCAACACUAUCAUCCCCUGUGUCGUUACGGAACGCCCCAGUUUUGUCAUCGUCCAUGACGACAACUCAGCCUCCCAAUUACAUUACAUCGUCUGUGGGAACUCAGACUACUCCAUCCCGCUUACGCUACGUUGAAGUUCAGGAUAUCCCAAGCAAGGAUGAGUCACUACAAGCAGAAGCUGGGCCACCAGAGACCAACGACAACGGACAAUACGACGGAGACGACGAUGCCGAUGAGGAUGAGGAUGUUGUGAGUAUAACCGACAUCGGCUCUCCUGCACAAUCUGUACCGGAAACCACAUUGAAUGAAGAGGACGACGGUUCACAGGGACUACCGAAGGGUCACUCUGUUGGUAACCGCACGUCCGAUACAAUCGGAGUGAGACAAGUCCAAGGUGUUCCGCUCGAAAUCACAGAAUCUGGGAAUCAGAGUAUAAAAGGUGAUGAUGAGUCUACUGCGGAUGAUAACAACGAGCUUGACUCAGAUAUGGAAGCCGGUGACGAUUCAGGAGAGUCGACUGCUUCAGCCCAAAAUCUUCUUUCUGUAGAUGGCAAUGAAGCAAGCUCCGCAAAGCAUGCCAAUCAUGAGGGCACAUCUGUCAAUGCCGCCCUGGUUGAUUCCAAGACAGCUAUGGCCGACGACAAUGUGGAAGCAGGCUCGAAAUCCAACAAUCAUUCCACUCCUGCGACUCCUACACACGGUCGGCCUACCAAGGAAACAUCCCAGUUCAGCUUCAAAGGCAUUUUCAAUCGCUUCGUCCCUUCAAGCCCCUGGUCCAAACUCGCACACCUAACAGCCUCAGCUUCUCCAUGCCCGUCAACAAAGUCGCCUAAACCGCGCAUGAAUGAUGGCGAGAACCAGGACCAACAGGCGGACACAAUUACAAGCGAUCGUAAUGCCACCCCAAAGGAGAACGAUGCCGUUAUACAUCAAGACAGCGAGGUAGUCCCCAAGAAUGAAAUCGAGCGUCAUGACGGGCUUCGAAGUCAAUCUAGUUGUGAAAUACCCGAUUCAGGGCAGUUAAUCGAGUCCAUUCAAGGUGCCAAUACAACGUCAGCAAGCAAAAACGAAACAACGAGCCCCGUUAUCGCCACAAUGAAAGAUAUUCCUCGAGUCUCUGAUUCCCAACAAAGCCCCUGGGUCAAAACAGAGCACGCUGUGCUGUCCAGGUCACCCUUAGGCAUUUUACCACCCAACCUGUCCGAAGCAAAGUCUCUUCACAUUGGAGAUUUUAACAAUGGCGCUUCUGUGUUCACUUCGCAGAUUCAAAGCCCGUGGGCGAAGAACACAUCGCCUGUUGCGUCGUUUGUUCCAAACGCAGGCUCAAAAGAGAACGUCGAACAAAGACUAAGUGCAAACCCUUCAAUAACCCGACCAACGACGCCAGAACCACAAUUCUGCGUCAAGUCAUUCUCGUCAUUCAUAUCACCAUCACCGGACCGGAGCCGAAAAGGUACGAUAGCACUCUCAUCCUCAAGACCCUGCUUAGGAAAUCGCCGAGGAGCCCGAGCCCUUCGAUCAGCUAUGGCGACUCGAUUCGCCCAUAAACGCCCAGACCGGCGUGUCUCCUGGGCGGAUUCGCUUGUGCAAGCAGAGGGAACAUCAUCCCAGGAGGAUAUCCUAUCCUCAACACAACUUCGCCCGCGGAGGCGGAGCUCUCCUCCACCAGAAACGCCGAUUAGUGACCUUCGAGCCGACCCCGACACCAAGUUCGCGAAACACUUCGAAGCAGUGGCAAAUCGCAACACCCAUCAGCGGGACAAUCUUAUCCCAACGGAAUCGCAACAGCAGCAAAGUCCUAACCCGUUCGCCAUGGCGGAAACCUUCAUGGCAGCAGAUGCCACAGACCAGGAAUCAGAGUCCAAGGAAGCAGAGACAAUGGAGUGUCCAGAUUCAGUGCUAAGUCGAGCUUCGGAAGAGCCAAUGGACAUUGUAGAAGACAUGGUUCGCGAAAUGGGAGACUUUUGGGAUCCGUGGAACGUUGAUGCAGAACUGGAUCGGGCGCGGAAAGUGGCUCAGGAUGAGACAGGCUAA